AUCUUCACUUCACAACCACACAAAUAAUCAUAAUCACUUCCAAAGUUUUCAAAAUUCGAAUAAUCACUUUUUUCAAUUUUCACUUCUCAUGGCCGGAAAUCAACUCAACGGCGCUUAUUACGGCCCAUCGAUCCCUCCACCACCGCAACCAAAACCUCGUCGACACCGCAACGACGACGGUUGCGGCAUCUGCAGCUGUCUCUGCGGCUGCGUUCGUGGUUGUUGCGGCUGCAUUUUCAACUGCAUCUUAGGUUUAAUCUGCAAAAUCAUCACCACAAUCAUCGUCAUCAUCGUGAUCCUCGGGUUCAUCUUCUGGCUCAUUGUUCGACCUAACGUCGUCAAAUUCACCGUCAACGAUGCAACCCUUACGCAAUUCAAUUUUAAUGAAACCAACACACUUCACUACGAUCUCGCUCUUAACGUCACGGUUCGUAACCCUAAUCGAAGAGUUGGUAUUUACUAUGACACCAUUGAAACGAUGGCGUUUUAUAAGGAUGUUCAGUUUGCGAAUCAAACCCUAGGGAGAUUCUUUCAGCAUCAUAAGAAUACGAGUUUUUUGAAUCCUGUUUUCAAAGAUAAACAAGUUGUUAUUCUGAAUGAAGAUCAGAAUAAGGAGUUUGAUAAAGAGAAAAUUGAUGGGGUUUAUGGAAUUGAUUUUAAGAUGUUGAUUGAAAUGAGGUUUAAAUUUGGUUGGUUUAAGAUUGGACAUGCGAAACCUAAGGUUCGUUGUGAUUUGAAGGUACCUUUGAAAUCACAUAAUGGUUCUUCUUCUUUGGGGAAUGUGUUUCAAGCUACUGAAUGUGAUUGGGAUUACAAAUGGAGAUUGUGGCAUUAGAUCUGUUCUUGAGAUUUUGAAAUCCUCAAUUUGAUUGGUCAUGUUUUAGGUGAUUUUAACUUUGUUAGUUUUUGAUUGGACCAUUGGGAUUUUACUCUUUUGAGAGAUUUUAUGUUAUGAAGUUUAUAUUUUGAAUUUUAAUGGUAGUAUUGUUGCUAUUGAUCUGUUA